GAGUUUUUGUUAGGAACACAUGAUUGGAAAUAAAUGUUAAAAAAAGAAAAAAAGUUCUAAAUUUGGGGGAAGAAAAAGUAAUGGCUUUGAGGGGGUUUGAAGAACUUACAGCCUCACCCGUGAGAUGAUUCAAGACAGCUUCUUUUGUUUCCAUUCAAUGAACCCUCAAUUUGCAUUUGUCAGUCCUUGGUUCUGAUCUGUUCUAGCCACACCGCAUCCGGUUUUCCGGCUACUCUCUCACCGGGCGCCGGAAUCCUGGAAUUCCAAGAAGAAGAUAUAAUGGUGGCCGGGAGAAAUGGGAAGAAGAUCUACGACCACAUUACUGUUGAAACCGAUCUGAAGAGCAUCAUGAACUUGGACCAAGAUCUUUACUUUCUAGAGGAUGAUCUGGGAAGAUCGGACGGCGAAAUGGUGGAGAAAGAUUUGGAGGCAAUGGAAAAGAAGAUGAGAAAGAAGAAAAAGAAGAAGGCUUUGAUAGAACUGCGAUACAGAGUGGAGGAUGCAAUAGCAGGGGAUUAUCUGAUGGGCAAACCCGACCGAAGUGUUGACAUUAAAGACGCCGAAAAAGCCAGAGAAGAGCUUAAAGAAAUAACGCUAUGGGGAGUGCCUUUAUUGCCGAGUAAAGGCCACCAAGGAACCGACAUUCUGUUGCAGAAGUUCUUGAAAGCCAAACACUACAAAGUCCACGAAGCAUUUGAGAUGCUGAGAAAGACUUUGAAAUGGCGCAGAGAAUACAAGGCGGAUGGGAUUGUUGAGGAGAAAUUGGAGGGCGAUCUUCAGAAUUUUGUGGGUUUUCUGAACGGUCGAGAUCGGGAGGGGCAUCCGUUGUGGUUUCAUGCAAAUGGGGUUUUGAUGGACAGAGAGAUGUGGCAGAGGAGGUUUGGAACAGAGGAGAAAUGCGAGGAGUUGUUGAGAUGGAUGGUUCAGAAUAUGGAGAAAGGGAUUAAACAGCUUCGAUUUGAAAAGGGAGGGGUUGAUUCCAUUCUUCAGAUCACUGAUUUGAAGAACGCGUCCGGACCUGCCACCAAGGAGUUUCGUACGCUUAACAAGAGAGCUCUCUUGCUCUUACGCGACAAUUACCCCGAACUCGUCUAUAAAAAUAUAGUCAUAAAUGCUCCAUUUUGGUACUACGCACGCCACCUUCUUCGAUCCAAGAUCAUCAGCCACAAAACCAAGGCCAAGUUCGUCUUUGCCAAUCCAUCAAAAGUCACAAAGACCCUUCUCAAGUUUAUAGCCCCCGAACACUUGCCCAUUCAAUACGGCGGCCUUAUGAGAGACGACGACGACGACUUCUCGCCCAUGGAUAAAGCAUUGCAGGUCGACAUUAAAGGAAACACGGCUGUGACCAUUGAAAUCCCAGCCCAGGUUGGGGUGACGAUGGUGUGGGACGUGACGGUGGUGGGAUGGGACGUUGCAUACAAGGAAGAGUUCGUGCCCGACGACGAAGGAUCGUAUCGGAUUCAGCUAGAGAAUCAGAAGAAAGUGGGAGAGAGCUUGAGGAAUUGUUUCUACAUAAGUGAGCCAGGGAGGAUUGUGCUGACAAUUGAGAAUCCAAAUUUCAAGUACAAGAAGACAUGUUACUACAGAUCCAAAGCCAAGCCCACUGUCCCUAUGUACAUCUUAUUCAGCAAAUAGCACAGCCUUUCAUAGCGCACUCAUAUAAUUGGUGGGACUGACUUCUAUUUGCUAAUUCUUCAUUUUUUCAUUUCAAUCU